CCUAACGAUCCGAAGUCGAAUGCAACUAAACCUCUUGGCUCCUGAAUUUUUUUUUAAAAAAGAAGCUCAUGUCUAAAGAGUUUAUCAGCUGGUAAAACCCUAAAAACUUCUUUCCAUAUGCUUACAAUUUAGCCGGCUCCAAACAAGAACAACAGCAGUCUCUUCAGUGGUUGCUGUUGUUCAUGGACAGUCCAUCCAAGUUGAUGGUAAUGAGCUCUCGUCGAGACACACUUAUUAUCCUCGCCUCUACACGUGAUAUAUUGAGCAGUCUCCCAGACCAAAUUAUCUAUCAUAUUUUCUCAUUCCUUGGUGCUAAUGAUACUGCACGUCUUGGUGUAGUGUCAAAAAGGUUUAAUCAACUAUGCACAUCUAGCCCUUACCUGAAUUUCGUUGCGGAUUUUGAUUCUGAUUAUUCUGAUCCUAGCUGUUUAAGAACAAGGUAUACCGAUUUCUGUUCUUAUGUCAAUAAAGUGCUGCGAUGGCGCGAAAAGACUGGAGGAGGGCUACAACGUUUGCAUGUUCAUUGGCACUCCUGCAAGAAAAGAAGGUUUGAUAUUGGAGAGACUGCUGUUAAUUCAUGGGUUACUAUUGCUACAAAGUGUGGAGUUGAAGAGCUUGACAUGCUACUCCAUGUAGACCCAUGGAGAGGCUAUUCUUUGCCGGGUUGUGUUUAUAACUGUGAAUCUUUGAGGGCUUUGAAAUUGAAUUUGCAGAUGGGGAGGUUCAAUUUUCGAGUAGCAGGGUGGGACUGGCUCAAGGACCUGUGGCUAGAUUCAGUUACCGUAGAGGAUAUAUAUUUUGGACAGAGGAUUUCUGAAUGGUGUAAAUCUCUUAAAAGGCUAACUCUCGAGGAUGUUGAUGGCAUUAGUGGUGGUCUCAAUAUGACAACUUCAUCUCUUGAAGAGUUGACAAUAAGUGGUUGCGAUUUUGCUUUUACUGGUGGGAAUUUUAACAUAUCUAGCUCAUCUUUUAAGACUUUGACAAUAUACAGGUGCCAGUUUAAAGCCCAGAGGCAUGUUAACCUUAACUGUCCAUCUUUGGAAAAUCUGACAGUCCAUGACUCUGAGUUUGGAAAAUGUUUUCUUUGUAAGAUAAGUUGUGAAUCUCUUGAGAAACUAAGAGUCUGUGGGUCUAGUUUCCUUGAAGCCUGCCAUUUCCGCAUCGCUUGUCCAUCUGUUGGCCAAGUCAUGAUUAGCAGCUGCAGGUUUGCAGGUACUUGCGUUCUUAACAUCAAUAGCUUUUCCCUUCAAGACUUAACUGUGUCAGAGUGCAACUUUAGCUCUCUAGGAAGUGCUUUGCAAUAUUUGCCCCCAGUAAAAGACUUCCAAGCAGUUCCACGCCUCCGCAGGCACAUCAUUGUCAAGGCUGCAAACCUUGAGAAAUUGAAUAUAAGCUCCUCAGAUGAAUAUUCAUAUGAAUUUCCUCUGAAAAUUGAUGCCCCCAAUCUCAAGGUCUUAUGGUGGGCUGGAGAUCCUGUAGAUUUUAGUUUUUUGAAGCAGGACAUGUUCAUGUCACUAACGAGCGCAGGGAUUUAUAUUGAGCCUUCUUGUCAGCAUAAGAGUGUGGAAUCUGAUCGUCAUUGCAAGCGUUCAAAGAGUUUAAUCUAUUGUGCUGCCAAGCUCCUUCAAUGUUUAAGUGAAGCCAGAUUCUUGAGAAUAAAUACCUGGCCUAUUGAGAUUUUCUUUAUGCAAAAUGAUUAUCCCAUAGUUUUCAAGAAUCUACAAAACUUGGUUCUGCUAUCUGAUGGUUCACUUGCUGACCAAAUUCCAUUCAUCGCCUCCUUCCUCAAGGGAAUGCCUAACCUAAAGAAACUAAUAAUAAGUUGUUUCGAUACAUCCCAUGAGCUUUCUGAUCCAAAUUUGAUUAAUUUCUUGGGCUUGAAGUCAAGGAGCUUUAAUGUGACAGAAGUCAGUCGGGAUUUGAAAAUUGUAAAGAUAGAAGCUGUUCAAGCUCAACAGUGCAUGCAGAAUGAUGGCAGGAGAAGACUAAAGCUUUAGCUCAAGAUUUUAUUUGAACUUAGGCAGAUAUAUAUUUCUUACAGUAUGGUUUAUAAAGUUCCUUAAUUAUCUGACAACCUUUCCCUACAAUCCAUUAAUAAGUACACCGAGAAAAGCUACCCUUGGAUUCUAA